CGAGCACAUGCUCCCGCGCGCUCGCUCGCUCGCGCGUUAAUAAGAACGAGGCCACUCCCCAUGGACCGGGCACGCAACUUUUCCCUCGCUCAUCCCAUCCCCUUCGUUCGACGUCCAACCCGUCCGAACCCAGGCAGCGUUCCCAAUGUACAACAACGCAAACUUGGAGGGCGACCCCCGCCUCGAGAAGGAGGAGAACGGCCACGACUUCUUCGAGCCGCACCAUGAUGGCCUGAAGCCCUCCUUCGAGGAGUACCUCGCUGCCGCCAAGCGCCAGCGCGCAUUCGAGGAGACCCAGUACAAGGGCAGGUCCAGCUCCGACACCGCGUCCGCGAAUAGCUCGACGCAUACAGAUAAAGCGUCAAAGAGCCCUGCUCCCGUGGUCUCCGAGGCAGCAUUGACGGCUGAGGAGAAGGAGCGAAUCAAUGCCCGCCGUGCCCUUCGCAGCGCCUCGUGGGCGGCUGUCUUCUACCUGAUCACGACCGAUAUCCUUGGUCCCUUCAACGCGCCAUAUGCCAUCAGCCAGGUUGGCUACGCACCCGGUGUCAUUCUGUACUUCGUCAUGGGCGCUACCGCUUGUUACACCGGGCUCCUGCUCUGGUGGCUGUUCAUGAAGCUCGAUUCGGACGUCUUCCCCGUCAAGACGUACUCAGACCUCAUGGAGCGCAUUUUCGGCAGAGCGUCCCGGCACAUGUCCAGCAUCCUCCAGAGCAUCCAGCUGAUCAUCAACGUUGGCACAAUUUGUCUGAGUAACGGCCAGUCGCUCAGUCAAAUCACCAAGGAGCAUCUUUGCUUUGCCGUAUGCAUUGUCAUUUGGGCCUUCGUCGGUAUGUUCAUCGGCCAGAUCCGCACGCUCAAGAACUACGGAUGGCUCGCGAACAGCGCCGUGUGGAUCAACCUCGCCAUCAUCUUCAUCUCGAUGGGCUUCAUCUCGCACUCGCCGCCGAACUACGCCGGCGCGAAGUCUGCGUACGACAUCAACCCCGGCCCGGUCGUGACUGCCGCGUUCGUGGACCAGACGCUCCCCAACAAGGUGAACGGCAUCAUGAACAUGGUCUUCGCUUAUGGUGGUGCUAUGAUCUUCCCGGAGAUGCUCGCUGAGAUGCGCCGCCCCUGGGACUUCUGGAAGGGCAUGGUCUGCGCGCAGGCGUUGAUCUUCGUUGCGUACCUGCUCUACGGCUUGUUCGUGUACAGCUACCAGGGCCAGUUCACGCUCUCUAUCGCCUACCAGGGUGUCAGCAAGUACGGCUGGCAGACGGUCGGGAACGUGAUGGGUCUCGUCACCGGUAUCAUCGCUGCGGGUCUGUAUGGCAACAUCGGUAUCAAGGUCGCGUACUACGCGAUCGUCGAGGAGAUGCUCAACGGCCCGCCUCUCACGAGCAAGAAGGGGCGCUUCAUCUGGACCGGCAUGGUCCUCCUCUAUUGGGCCCUCGCGUUCAUCGUCGGCGCGGCGAUCCCGCAGGUGCAGACCAUCUCCGGGCUCGUCGCGGCCGUGUGCAUCAUGCAGUUCACGUACACGUUCCCGCCCGCGCUCAUCUUCGGCUUCUACUUCCUCAAGGACGGGCGCGACCCCGUGACGGGCGUGGUCGACUGGCGCGCGGGCUUCUUCGGGGGCGGCGUGAAGAAGGCGCUGUUCAAGACGUUCAACUUCAUCCUGGCGCUCGCGGCGCUGUCGAUGGCGUGCCUCGGCAUGUACGGGUCGGGCACGGCGAUCAAGCUGACGUUCCAGACGAGCCAGGCGACCAGCUUUGGGUGCUCGCCGCCUGUAUGAUCUUACGACGGAUCCGCGCUCAGAGAUCCUGCGGUCUGUGGGGCCUGCGCAGGAGCGCAAUGCGGUAUCGGGCAUGUCGUUGGUGGGUGUACCGAUGUUUUGCGACGACUCUUUACGUACGUACCAUACUGAGUGUUGUGCUGUGACGAUGUUGUUUGUGCUCUGCUGCUUGCAGUGUAAUAGUUGGCGUUGCUCCCCCCCUCUGACAUCCCACCCGUGUCGUUUACUACAGCUGCGUUUGUGCGGUUGCUCGCGGAGUGUAUCGUGUAUAGAUUGUCUUCAUUAAUUGUAAUGGAUAUGUAGCAAACCCUCAGAGUCUCGGUCGCUCGUUUCCGCCCUUCUUCUUCUGCGGUGGUUUUGACUUUGGGAAUAUACCUUCGACUCGGGUCCCGGCGGCUCGACUGCACGGAUCAUUCAUUGUUAA